CCCAUAGGCACAUACAUAACUAGUUACGCAAACCUCUUCGAUUCUUUGGAACUAUGGAAGAAAGGUUGCGCUUAGCCUUUGGAAUUUUGGCGAAUGCGGCGUCGUUGAUGCUCUAUUCAUCACCCGUAUUAACGUUCAUAAAGAUGAUAAAGAAGAGGAGCACGGGAGAUUUCUCGUGCAUACCGUACAUAGUGACGAUGAUGACGUGUCUGCUCUGGAUGUGGUACGGUCUUCCGGUCGUCAGCCGUGGCUUGGAAAAUCUCUCUCUCAUCACCAUCGGUUGCAUUGGCUUUACUCUCGAGCUCUCCUUCGUCUCCAUCUUCUUCUCUCUCGCCUCCUCUCGUGCCAGAAUUCAGAUAAUAUUGACGGUGGUGCCACUGCUGUUGCUGGCAUGCGGCAUUGGGGCGAUCACGACGUUUGCGUUCCACGAUCACCGCCUUCGCAAGGCGUUUGUAGGCAGCAUCGGCGACGCGGUCUGCGUCGCUAUGUAUGCUUCUCCACUGGUCGCCAUUAGGCAAGUGGUGAGGACGAAGAGCGUGGAGUUCAUGCCAUUGCACCUAUCAGUCUUCACUUUCCUCACAAGCUUCACUUGGAUGCUUUAUGGAUUACUCAGCAAAGAUCUCUUCAUUGCGGCUCCGAAUUUCAUAGGUUGUCCUCUCGGCAUUAAGGGCAACUCAAAACUUGUGUUUGAAUGA